UUUGAGUUUCUCUUCAUUUGGUGUCGGAAAUGUUAGGUUCACUUAACAAUGAGACGAAUACAAACUAUACGGCGUCGAGUCGGGGAUCCUAUCGCAGGAAGAGGGCAGCGACGUCCAGACCUGAGAGGGUGUGGCCCGAGGGCGUCAUUCCUUACGUCAUCAGCGGGAACUUCAGCGGAAGCCAGAGAGCCAUAUUCAGACAGGCCAUGAGACACUGGGAAAAACACACAUGUGUGACGUUCAUCGAGAGAACAACAGAGGAGAGCUACAUCGUCUUCACCUACCGGCCGUGUGGGUGCUGCUCAUAUGUGGGCCGGAGAGGAGGGGGUCCGCAGGCCAUAUCCAUCGGGAAGAACUGUGAUAAGUUUGGGAUUGUGGUGCACGAGCUCGGUCACGUGAUCGGAUUCUGGCAUGAGCACACGCGACCCGACAGAGACGAUCAUGUCAGUAUCAUACGGGACAACAUUCAGCCAGGACAGGAGUACAACUUCCUGAAGAUGGAGCCUGGUGAGGUGGACUCACUCGGAGAGGUCUAUGACUUCGACAGCAUCAUGCACUAUGCAAGAAAUACUUUUUCCAGAGGGAUAUUUUUGGACACCAUUCUGCCACGAUAUGAUGUGAACGGAGUUCGGCCGCCCAUCGGUCAGAGGACCAGAUUGAGUAAAGGAGACAUCGCACAGGCACGCAAACUUUACAAGUGUCCAAGAUGUGGAGACAGUUUACAGGAGAGCAGUGGGAACUUCUCUUCUCCUGGUUUUCCGAAUGGUUAUUCAGCAUAUAUGCACUGCAUAUGGAGAAUUUCAGUCACACCUGGAGAGAAGAUCAUUCUGAACUUUACAUCUAUGGAUUUAUACCGGAGUCAUUUGUGCUGGUAUGAUCAUGUGGAGAUCAGAGAUGGAUAUUGGAGGAAAGCACCACUGAAAGGUCGAUUUUGUGGGGAUAAAUUACCAGAGCCGAUCAUCUCUACAGACAGUCGCCUGUGGAUUGAGUUUCGCAGCAGCAGCAACUGGGUGGGAAAGGGCUUCUCUGCUGUUUAUGAAGCUAUUUGCGGUGGGGAGGUGAAGAAAGACAAUGGUCAAAUUCAGUCUCCGAACUACCCAGAUGACUACAGACCCAACAAAGUGUGCAUGUGGAAGAUCACUGUGGCUCAGGGUUACCAUGUCGGCCUUACCUUCCAGUCUUUUGAGAUCGAGAGGCAUGAUAACUGUGCGUACGACUACCUGGAGGUUCGAGAUGGGAACUCAGAAAGCAGCCCGCUGUUGGGCAGAUUCUGUGGCUAUGACAAACCCGACGAUAUUAAAUCCAGUUCCAACCAGAUCUGGAUGAAAUUUGUGUCUGAUGGGUCUGUCAACAAAGCUGGAUUUGCUGCUAAUUUCUUCAAAGAAAUGGACGAGUGCUCCAGACCUGACAAUGGUCGCUGUGAGCAGCGCUGUGUCAACACGCUCGGUAGUUACAAGUGCGCCUGUGACCCUGGGUAUGAACUGGCGGCAGACAAGCGGAGUUGCGAGGCUGCCUGUGGUGGUUUCAUCACCAAGCUGAAUGGGUCCAUCACCAGUCCAGGCUGGCCCAAAGAGUAUCCACCCAACAAGAACUGCAUCUGGCAGCUGGUGGCGCCCACGCAGUACCGCAUCACGCUGCUCUUCGACGUCUUCGAGACUGAGGGGAACGAUGUGUGUAAGUAUGACUUUGUUGAGGUGAGAAGCGGUCUGUCUGCCGACUCCAGACUGCACGGGAAAUUCUGCGGAGCUGAGAAACCGGAGGCCAUCACCUCUCAGUACAACAACAUGCGCAUUGAGUUUAAAUCUGACAACACCGUCUCUAAAAAAGGCUUCAAGGCCCAGUUCUUCUCAGAUAAAGACGAGUGCUCUAAGGAGAACGGCGGAUGUCAGCAUGAAUGUGUGAACACCUUUGGCAGCUACAGUUGUCAGUGCAGAAGUGGCUUCGUUCUGCAUGAGAACAAACAUGACUGCAAGGAAGCUGGCUGUGAUCACGUUGUGAACAGCGUGAGUGGGACCAUCACCAGCCCCAACUGGCCAGAUAAAUACCCCAGUAAGAAGGCCUGCACCUGGGCCCUCUCCACCACCCCGGGACAUCGGAUCAAAAUAGCUUUCAAUGAAAUCGACAUGGAGCCUCAUCUGGAAUGUGCUUAUGACCACAUUGAGAUUUACGACGGUCGGGAUGGGAAAGCACUAAGCCUUGGACGCUACUGCGGCACCAAGAAACCUCAACCGAUCAUAUCCACCGGCAACAAGAUGUUCAUCCGCUUCUUCUCUGAUAACUCAGUGCAGAAGAAAGGCUUCGAGGCUUCCCACACUGCAGAGUGCGGAGGCCGUCUGAAAGCGGAGGUGAAAACUAAAGACCUCUACUCUCAUGCCCAGUUUGGUGAUAAUAACUACCCCGGGGCGUCCGACUGUCAGUGGGUGAUCACAGCAGAGAAGGGCUACGGCGUGGAGCUCAUCUUCCAGACCUUCGAGAUCGAGGAGGAGGCCGACUGUGGCUAUGAUUACAUGGAGCUGUUUGAUGGGGCGGACACCAAAUCACCCAGACUAGGCCGCUACUGUGGAUCAGGGGUAAAGCACAGAUUUAGAUUUGCUGCAUAAAAUCAACAAACAUCAAAAUGUUUCUGCAUUUCAUGUCAGAAGUUGUUUCAAGCUUGUUGUAAAAGUGAUCUUUAAAGGGAUAGUUCACCGAAAAAUGUAAUUUAGGCACCAAUUAUUCACCCUCAUGUCAUUUCAAACCCAUAAGACAUGCAUCAUCUUUGAAACUCAUGAUAUCAUGAGAGAUUUCUGUCCCUCCAUUCAAAGUCAGUUCCACCAAAAUUUGGACGCUCCACAAAGUUCACAAAGAAAUUGUAAAAGUCAU